CAAAAUCAAAACCACUGAGCGGGAAGGAAAGUAAUUCCCGAGAUGAGCGCAAAUAAGAAAAAAAAACUGUCAUUUUAUAUUUAACCUAAAGAGGUUUAAUAAAAACGAGUAAAUGAUAUUUCUUUCUCUCUUUUAUUAUCCCUUCUUCAUCUUCUUCCUCUCUCCACACCGCUCAUUCGUCUCUCUUCUUCUCAGACAACUCUCUCUCUCCCUCUGUCUAUUAGGAAAUGGAACGUAUGGAAGCUGGGUUGAAGAGCAGUAUCAGACAAGAGAUGGCUUUGAAAACGACUCCUCCGGUUUACGAAGAGUUUCUCGCUGUAACAGCCGCUCAAAAUGACUUUUCCUCCGAAGAUUUCUCCGUAGACGACUUACUUGACUUGUCAAACGACGACGUUUUCGUCGAGGAAGAAGAGGCCGCUGAACCCAAGGCUCAACAAGAGGUUCUGCUCUGUGUCUCCUCCGAGCAACCAAACGACGUCGAAGAAGUACUUCCCCCGGGAAACGAGUUUGGUUCUCUCCCUUCAAACCAACUCCCCGUACCGAUGGAUGAAUUAGCGGACCUUGAGUGGCUGUCCCAUUUCGUUGACGAUUCCUUCACGGAAUAUUCGGCUCCUAACCUCACCGGAACACCGGCUGAAAAACCGGCUUGGUUAACCGGUGACCGGAAACACCCGGUGACUCCAGCCUCUGAAGAGUCUUGUUUCAAGUCCCCUCUUCCAGCCAAAGCUCGUAGCAGACGGUACCGUAAUGGACUCAAGGCCUGGUCGCUUGGCUCCUCGGGUCCUUCUUCAUCGAGUUCCACCUCCUCCUCUUCCUCCUCUUCGGGUCUUUCCAGCCCGUGGUUCUCCGGUGCUGAGCUGCUCGAGCCUGACUUCACGUCCGAGAAACCUCCUGUUCCCAAGAAGUACAAGAAAAGGUCGGCAGAGUCUGUUUUCAGCGCUAAGUUGCAGCAGCAGCAGCCGCAGCGACGGUGCAGUCACUGCGGCGUACAGAAAACUCCGCAGUGGAGAGCGGGACCGAAGGGGGCUAAGACGCUUUGCAAUGCGUGCGGUGUUAGGUAUAAGUCGGGUCGGUUACUACCGGAGUACAGACCCGCUUGUAGCCCGACCUUUUCGAGUGAGCUCCACUCCAACCACCACCGCAAAGUCAUAGAGAUGCGGCGUAAGAAAGAGCCGACCGAUGACAGCUCAACCGGUUUAAACCAGCCUGUUAAGACCCCACAAGCUGUACCAAGUUUUUGAAGAAAUAGAGCCUUGAAAUUAGGACAGAGAUGUAGGACCUGAUUCAGUCUCAGUUUUAGUCCAUUUUUAGUUUCUCAUUAACUGUUAUGUUGUAUAUUACUUUCAUUUUUUUUGUAGCAUUUUACUUUAAUUAUCUUAGUUUUCUUUUUCAUGCUAGGAGUAUGAGUCUCAUCAGUUCUUAGUAAACUGAUUAUGUCAAAAUGUCAUAUUAUUAUUGUGCCUGUAUGAGUUACUUUCAGUUCCCUUUUCAAUGUUUUUCUUUGGUAGCAAAAAGUUUGUUUAGAUGAA